GCAUCUUGAGUUUUGAUUUCCUUUCUGGUUAAAAUGUGCUAAAACAAAUUGACUGAAUUCACUCAUUUCUUUGGUCGGAAUCCGAUUCUCGCACGAUGUUGAUGUUCUGCCCGACUUGCGGCAAUCUGCUUCUGGUGGAAGAAGGCACCGAUUCGCUGCGGUUCUCUUGCAACACCUGCCCGUACAUUUGCAAGAUAAAGCGCAAGAUAUCGACCCGAAUCUAUCCGAAGUUGAAGGAAGUGGAUCAUGUUAUGGGAGGUGCGGCUGCCUGGGAGAACGUAGAUUCAACCGAUGCUGAUUGCCCUGCCUGUGCCCACAAUCGAGCGUAUUUUAUGCAAAUGCAAACUCGAUCCGCCGAUGAGCCUAUGACAACGUUCUACAAGUGCUGCAAUCCAACCUGUGGUCAUAAUUGGAGGGAAUAAGACUAUCCUCUUUGGCAUAAAGAUAAUGAAUUUGGCGCGUAAUUUAUCAACCGUAAAAAGCUUUGUUAGAUUAAGUUCAAAGAUUGAGGAGAUGUCCCGGGAGAUGAAUGGGAUAAUGGCCCCAGACGCUGGUACCGUCAUCAAAUCCAGUGACAAUAAAGCGAUUCGCCAGGCUGCUAACCUGCUUGAAUCGGGGAAAGUCAUUGCGCUUCCGACCGAUACCGUGUACGGGCUUGCAUGUAGUGCCAACGAUCCCAAAGCUAUCCAGCGGCUGUACGCCAUCAAGGGCCGCGAAGA